UAAGUUUUGCCGACAUAAGUGGCAGCGUAGACAUGGCCAUAACGUCCACAGAGUCUGAAGGGGGUUCACCAGAUUUCCCAGCAGAGCCACAAGGGGGCAAAGCAAGUCAGGACUGGGGUGUCAGCCCUGCACAGGCAGAAUGCAUUAGAGCAGUGGUUCUCAACCUGUUCCAUACUGCGACAUCCCCCACUUUUCCCCCACUUUUCCAUUCCAGAACCACCUCAGAACACCCUAUCUGUCCAUGAUCUCCCUCUCUUCCACAACAGGUCAAGGGCUGAAUGGUCUCAAAUCCAACAUGCAUCUGAUGAAGUGAGCUAUAGCUCAUGAAAGCUUAUGCUCAAAUAAAUUUGUUAGUUUCUAAAGGUGCCACAAGUAUUCCUUUUCUUUUUGCGAAUACAGACUAACACGGCUGCUACUCUGAAUUCUGAUAGUUUGCUUUCAAUAUAAAACAUUAAGAGAGCCCUCAGUGCUCCCCUGCAUUUGCCUCUGCAGAGUUGACAUUGUGGUUGAAUUUAUGGGUUUAUUUUUUGUUUGAGGAGUGCUCACUGAUUUGUUUCUUGUGAUCACUUCAGAUGCACAAACUGAUCCCAAUCCCUUCUGUCCCACAGCAUCAUGCUUCUCUGGCUGACUGGUUGGUUUGGUUACUAUUCUUUCUGGGAGGGAAAGAAAAGGAGAAGGAGGGGGGACACUGGAAGGAGGUGAGAGAAGAAAGGGGACUAGGUUUUUAGAAGUCUCCAUAAUGUUUUCCUUUCAGGAAACACAUCCUGUUAACGUUUGACUGCGGUGGCAGUGGCUCUGUUUGUUGCAGUCGGCUACGCCCUGAGGCUCACCAAAAACAGCCACAAAAACAACCAUUUCCUCUCUGUUGAGAGACAGAGGGGGAGGAAAAAAACCCACUUCCUCACAGCAGAGUUUCUCCUCUCCAGCCCUCUUUCACUCGCUGCUCUGACAGCGUAAGAGAAACCGGAGAGGAGCAGAUUCCUCAGGAUACUCCAAACUUCCAGAGCACCUUUGGGAUGAAGACAUUCACUUCAAAUUUGGCUUGGAUUUUAGAAUGAAGUUUCCCUCUGUUUGUGGGAUGUUCUGAGUUUUGUGGCUGAAAAGGCUUUCAGAGGUGCUAUUUCAUGACUCUUAUGUGAGUCUCUUUCUCCUCUUGCAGCUGCAUUCUGAAGAGUUGAGGCAUUGUGUCUGCAAGCAUUUCAGUCUGUUUUCCCCAGGAACAACCCAGGUUUUCCCACUUCAAGACUAGAUACUCUCUGGCUUUGCCUUGUCCCACAAGGAAUGGACCUCCCUGUUCUUCAGUUCAUCACCAGACUGGCUUUGCUCAUCCAGGUACAGGAAGGUGGAUAAGGCACAGCUUGGAAGGACAAAGACCUGCAAGUUCUUCUUUGCACUUGUAUUUUAUGGAAUUCUUCUACCUACCGGACUGUGUUCUUAUCUGCUUGGUCAGAAACACCUUAGGAGUCGACUUUGAGAAUGAACGGUGAUGUUCUCUAGCCCCUCAUAACAUCAUACUGCAGCUGCCUCCUAUUUCGAGUUCUACUUCAAUGUGCUGCAGCUCAUCAGGACCUUGGAUCUUCUGCAAAUAGAGACUGGCAGCAGUCAACAGUCAGAUAUGACUGUCCAGAAACUGGUAGCCACAGCUGUGUUGGUAGCCCUGGUCUCACUUAUUCUUAACAAUGCAGCUGCCUUUACUCCCAAUUGGGUAUACCAGACCCUGGAGGAUGGGCGUAAGCGCAGUGUGGGGCUGUGGAAGAUGUGCUGGCUGGCAGAGAAGGGGAGAGGAGGUGCAGGCACAGGCACCAGACAUGGGCAAGGGGAGGAGCGAGAGUGUGAAUCCCUGGGCUGGGGUUCAGAGUCAGCCGGGUUCCAGGAAUCUCGUAGCACUGUCAAACUGCAGUUUGACAUGAUGAGGGCCUGUAACCUAAUCGCUACCGUCGCCUUGACUGCUGGUCAGCUCAUUUUCGUCUUGGGCCUAGUAGAACUGCCUAUUAUUUCACAGGAUAUCCAGUGGUGGGAGGAAGCCAUAGCUGCCGUGUUCCAACUUGCCAUUACAGAUAAGAGGUUUAUACAGUAUCCCAGAAGGAGCAGUAGUAACCAUUACAGGCCCAGAGCUCGGCACAAGUCCUGCAGCACUUUGACACUGCAAAGGACUUGGGACCUGGAGUGGCCCUUGACAAGCCAGUUGUUGAGGUACGGCUAGACCUGGAUACCCUGACAUCUGGGGUAAGCAGCCACCACUGACAUGCAUUUGGUGAACACCCUUGGUGCUGGUGCAAGGCCAAAGGAGAGCAUCACAAACUGGUAGUGAGUAGUCUCCAUCUGGAAACACAGAAAAUGUCUGUGCCCUUGGAAUAUUGAUAUAUGAAAAUAGGCAUCCUUCAAAUCGAGGGUGGCAUACCAGUCUCCCAGAUCCAGGGAAAGGAUAAUGGAGGCCAGGAAGACCAUGUGAACCUUCAACUUCCUGAGAUAUCUGUUGAGGUCCCACAGGUCCAGAAUGGGGAGGAAACCGCCUCUGACCUUCGGAAUGAGAAAAUACCGGGAAUAGAACCCUUUUCCCCUUCAAUGAGCAGGGACUUCCUCCACAGCCCCAACUUGUAGAAGGGCCUGUACCUCCUGUUCGAGCAGCUUCUCGUGAGAAGGGUCCCUCAAGAGGGAUGGGGAAGGGGGCUGGGAGGGAAGGGUAGAAAUAAAUGCAGGGUGUACCCCACUGCCACAGUGCUGAGGACCCACUGGUCUGUAGUUAUUGCGGCCUAAGCAGGAAGGAAAAAAGAAAGGUGGUUGGCAAAACAAAGAGGGAGAGGAUCCAGUUUGCAGACUGGGAUGUUACCCUCGGGCACAUCCUCAAAAUGCCCACUUGUUCCCUCGAGGGAAAUGGGACAAACCCGACUGCGAGGCUGAGCCCAACUAGUGGCCCUAGCAGAGCUUGUAGUCCUUGCCCUUCUUAUGAUAGGGCUCUGUGAUGGGGUGUACAAACAACAAGGGCUUAAGGGCUCAUUUUGGGCUCAGCCAGCCCCGCCCCAUCACACCUGCAGCAAAUGCUCCAUCUGCUAGAGGAAUUAAAAGGCGGUGAAUUAGCUCAAUUGGUGAGCAGCGCUGAAGGUAAGCAGACCUGGAGCCCACUGAUCCAGCAGAGCAGAGCCGAGUGAAACCUAAAGGCUUUGACGUAGCUACCCAAAGGGGCCCUCUGGGAGGAAAGGGGGGACCCUCCACAGAGACAAGCUGAGAGGGAAGUAUCCUGUGGCCCUGGACAGUGGCGAUUCCCUCUGGCUUCCUGGGGUUUUGGAUUUUCCCAUCAGGUGAAGGCCUUCGACUGAGGUGACCCCAGAGGGGAAGACGAGAGGAAGAGGCCAGGGAGGACAACCUUAAGUAGUCUUGGUUGCCAGGUUACUGGUAGCUAAAAGGGCCCUGGGUUGGAGCCCGGUGGAGUGGGAGGGCCCAAGCUCCCUGUGACAUUAUUGACAUAAACUGUGACCAUAUAGAUCAUUGUUGCAAUGACUUUAUAUAUUUGCAGCAAAUAUUGUACAAAGGUUAUCGUGUGAGGUGUCUAUAAAAAGGUUAGGAUUUUCUGGUUAUGAUUAUGCUAUCUGUAUGCGUGUAUCAUUACUGUAGCUGAAACUAUGAAUAUUGGCUUUGUAUCUCAAUGUGUUUGAUUCUAAGUAGCAUUAGUGAAGCAUUUGGUUAGCUUCUUGAGAAAGGAAUUUGCAGAUUAAAUGCCCAAUCAAGAAACACUUAACUGACAAUGGACCUUGGGAGACUCCAAUCCACAAAUGAGAAGUCUUCCUGGGACAUUCAAGGUAGCAAGUGAGCAAACUGAGUCAUGCAUGGACAUGUGACUUGCCCAGGUGGCUACAAACUCCAUCUUGUUGCUGUGAUUUUGCACAGGAGAAUAAAGGGGUUUCCGCCCACAAGAGAAAGAAUAUAAAAGACCCUGGAAACCCCUCCAUUUUGUCUUCAAUCCUACCUCUUACCUCUGGAGGGACUUUGCUACACUAAAGCUCUGAACGAAGGACUGAAUGACCCAUCCAAGCUGUAGAUGUACUCCAGAGACUUGAUUUGAACCUGCAGUUUAUUCCAUCACUGCUACAAGCCUGAACCAAGAACUUUGUCAUUACUGUAUGUAAUUGAUUCCAUUUAACCAAUUUUCACUCUCAUCUAUAUUUCUUUCUUUUUAUGAAUAAACCUUUAGAUUUUAUAUUCU